AGGGAUUUAGGUACUUUGGGGACCGCGCCAAAAACGGCAUGUUUUUUAUCCGUGUCCUCCGUAUCACUUAUGUCUCGAGGUUCCAAGGUGUCGGCUAAUUUGCUUCCAAGCUCCGAACGGCUUCUUGGCAUGCCACCGGAUCCGCGACAGAAGCAUUUCAAUCCUCUCACGUCACAGCCCGCUGGAUGGCCCGCAGAUGGGAAGUUCUUCCCCCUGGGGCGAAACUCUGCCGUCAAGGCCGACUGGACGAAGGUUUGGGACUACAUUCUCAUUGCCAAGGAGUUCAUGAGCAAAGUUCACCGGAAGUGCGACCCUCAGGUCCCGAGGAUGGAGGCUGUGGAGGUCGUUGACGAUGUCUUGAACAAUAUGGAGACGUUCGUUUUGACGACUAUUUUCGUCCGUGGUUGGUCGCUCGGUUGGGCCAGGAAUCUGAUCGGAUUCAUCUUAAACAACGUCAGCACGGCCUCCUACGUCCGGCUCAUAGCGGUCCAGGGUGGGCCAGUUUGUGAGGAGGAGGUGGCUUUCACAAAGAUCUUGUUGCUCGAGCUCGGAUUUUCAAUUGUAUUUGAAGAUUCCGGCGGUCCAGAGGUUGAAGAGAGAUACACGCUCAGGUGCAAAUUAGACGGGGUUCAGGUCACGACACCUGCGAUACCGUUCGAAGUUCUCGUCAAACAGUACCACUCGGUGAAUCAGAUCUAUCAUAACUUGCAACAGGAUGUAUCACCUUACUGGAGUAACAGCCGCGUGCCGAAUUUGCAAAGACUUGCUGUUAUAUCUUGCGCAGAGAUGUGGUUCAUUGACGGCCACAGCAAGCGCCUGAACCCAGAGGAGGUCGACGAACACCAUCCCGAUGGCAUGACCGUGAACGACAAGCUGAAUUCGGAGAUCAUGCGGGCGCUGGAGGAUGCAAGGACCCGCGCUGCAAGCAAGGGUUUCAGGCCAAAUGAAGAUUGGAGAAAGUCUGAGGGAGCAAACAAAGUUUACCAACAGUAUUUCGAUUUAACUUUAAGAACUCUGGCAAGUAUGGGCAUUACACCGACAGGAUGAGGUGCAGAGGACAGCUUGAAGCCAGUGGCGGGUCUCCGGGUGGGCUGGCCUCCACCUGCGCUCCUGCUCCCGGCAGCCCAGCCCCGUGUGCGGCCCUGGCGGCCCCGUGCCCGUGCGUCGGCCGCCGCCGCCGCCCGCCCUGCGGCCGCGUCGCCCUGCAGUCGCACUGCGCUGCGCUGCGAGACUUGGCCUUCACAGCCUCACUGACGAACGAACAACACACACAACCAUACCCAUAAGGGCGGUCGUUGGGAGGAGGGCUCGCUGUGGGUAUGGGUGCGGGUUGUCGGACCCUGGGGAACGCUCCCGUUCGAGCGGGGACCCCCAUCCGACAACACGUACCCAUAGCCCUCUCCGACCCCCCUAUGGGUAUGGGUGUGUGUUGUUGGUUCGUCACUCAUGGCACCCAAGGUGCUCGAAUGCUUUCGGCACGCGCGCGCCACGCCGCGCAUGUCUGGACCCGGCCAGCUGUCUGGCAGGGGUUGUUGGACCCGUGUGACUGUCGGCAAACAAGUGCACGCGCAUGGUAUCGGUGGAACGGGGCUGACACGGGAGGCGAUAGCGGCACUCCUUGGAAUGGCU